AGGUGCGUCUACGCGGAGUGUCGUUGCCAUUUCCCGGAUUCCUGGACAGGCCGAGAUCAGGAGCAGCCGGAGUGGAUUCGUGUCGACUGUCCAGAGUCCGCGAAUUCAAGUCCGUCCGAAAAAGCGAAGCAGCGGCGAGGCGUUUGUGGAUAUUUCACAAGAACCUCUCUCCAGGGUUGCAAAAAAAAAUUGAAAGAAGAAAAUGUCACUCCACCAGUUUCUCUUGGAACCUAUCACAUGCCAUGCCUGGAACCGGGACAGGACCCAAAUUGCUAUCAGUCCAAACAAUCAUGAGGUUCAUAUAUACAAGAAGAGUGGAAAUCAGUGGGUGAAAGCCCAUGAAUUAAAAGAACACAAUGGACACAUCACAGGGAUUGACUGGGCUCCCAAAAGCGAUCGGAUUGUAACCUGCGGAGCAGAUCGCAAUGCUUAUGUGUGGAGCCAGAAGGACGGCGUAUGGAAGCCCACUCUUGUCAUCCUCAGGAUCAACCGUGCUGCCACGUUUGUGAAGUGGUCUCCACUGGAGAACAAGUUUGCAGUGGGCAGUGGAGCUCGCCUCAUAUCUGUUUGCUACUUCGAGUCUGAAAAUGACUGGUGGGUGAGCAAACACAUCAAGAAGCCUAUCCGCUCCACUGUCCUCAGUCUUGACUGGCAUCCAAACAAUGUACUUCUGGCAGCUGGGUCAUGUGACUUCAAAUGCAGGGUAUUUUCUGCAUACAUCAAAGAGGUGGAUGAGAAGCCAGCUCCAACUCCAUGGGGGUCCAAGAUGCCGUUUGGCCAGGUGAUGGCAGAGUUUGGUGGGGCAGGUAGCGGAGGAUGGGUCCACAGUGUCUGUUUUUCAGCCAGUGGGAACAGACUGGCCUGGGUCAGCCAUGACAGCACUGUGACUGUGGUGGACCCUACAAAAAGCUCAACGCCAAGCCAACUGAAGACGGAAUUCCUUGCUCUCCUGAGCGUGACUUUUGUUUCUGAGAACAAUAUUGUGGCAGCAGGUCACGAUUGCUGCCCAAUGCUGUUCAGUUUUGAUGAUGGUGGAACCUUGACCUUCAUAUCCAAGUUGGACAUUCCAAAGCAGAGCAUCCAGCGCAACAUCUCUGCCAUGGAGCGCUUCCGCAACAUGGACAAGAGAGCCACCACUGAGGACCGCAAUAGCACUCUGGAAACCCUUCACCAGAACAGCAUCACCCAAGUGUCUAUAUAUGAAGGAGACAAAAGAGAUUGUCGCAAAUUCUGCACUACAGGAAUCGAUGGCGCAAUGACCAUAUGGGACUUUAAGACUUUAGAGUCCUCUAUUCAAGGCCUAAGGAUCAUGUAAAAGAACUCACUCUGUACUAGCAUGACACAGCGCAAGCAAUGCAGCUUGAAGACUAACGAGAUUUCUGAUAACACUUCUGAAAGUUUUUAACUGAAAAAAAAGCACUGAACAGUGGUGUGAGCUGACGUGACACUCUUAAAACGGAAAAAAAAACACUAAUGGAAAAUGGGGGUUAGGGUCUUUUUUUGUUUUGUUGGGUUUUUUUUUUCUUUUUUCUGUUCUUUUCUUUUUGUUUUUCUCUUUUUUUAAUUCUAUGCCAAAGCUGGUGCUCCAGCAGUCUGACAUUUGAUCUUGGUGUUCUGGUCCUUUAGGGGAACCAGAGUGGCGUUAAAUUAAAGGAGAAUUUUAUGUAAAUGGUCUGCUAGAAAUAAAUGAAGUAUACAACACAA